CUCCAAACUACGUGUUCCCUGCAAAACCAGAAAACUCACCAUUUCACUCUUUGUUUAGCUUGUAUUUCUCUUUCAUUUUGGCCUUAUAACAUGGCAACAGAUAAUGAGUCUGAUGACAAUGAGAAUGGAGAGAAAUGGGCCUUGAUGUUUGCCGUCUAUGCCAUAAUCUCCUUGCAGUUUCUCCUUGCUGUUGCGGUUGGAUCAGUUGUUGUUUCGGUUUCCAGGAUUCCUCACUUUGUGCUCCACACUGCACCAGGCCUUUCCAUCUAUAUCAUCUCCAUAGUCCUUUGCUUGAUAAUUCAAUGUGUGCUUCUUGAUCUUCGAAAACGUUGGCCCUGCAACUGUAUUCUUUUUACAUUAUGGACCAUUUUAUUUGCCUCGGCUGUGGGACUCUCCUGUUCCUACUCAAAAGGGAGAGGAAAAACUGUUUUAGAGACCAUAAUUCUGAUAAGUGUUGUAGCUGUGGUCCUAACACUUCACUCUUUAUAUUCAAUGCUCAGAGAGCGUGAUUUCAGCUUAGGUGAACUCUUUUUGAUCGGUAUAUUCCUGGUGGCUUGUGUUUACAUUCCCAUUCAGGUCUUUCACCCUUUUGCAAAGCUAUCAACAUCAAUAUUCGCUUGCCUGGUUGCACUUGCUUUCGUCGGCCGUAUGUACAUAGCUGGAUAUCUCUUCAUCAAGCACAAAUUUUACGACCCCAUUGGUGCUGCACUCAUUGUUCAUCUCAUCUUUCUCUUAUCCAAUCCUGGUCGAAAGGAACUCAUCGGCCGUCGUUAGAAAAUGGGGUGCCCCCACUUUGAGGAAAGCCUUAACAAUUGUAUCACUGAUUAUGCCUCCUACAUUUGCAUUUUCUUGCAGCUUUCUCAAAAGUGUUAAAACCAAAUCAAAAUCUGUUCAUGUUUGCUUAAUUAGAAUGGAAUACUUCUAGAAGCAUCAUCGAUCAACACAUGUGGUGGCUUAAGGAUUGGCCUUUUUUGGUGAUAAUUAGCAGACUGCAUGCAAUGCUCAGCAAUCCGUACUGUCAAAACAUGCAACCUAUGCAUGUUUUGAUCAUAUAUCUCCCAUCUGCCAGCUGCCUUUGUGUAGUGUAUUAUUUUUUGUUUAAAUCAUGUUCAAUAUCCUUGUAUCAGACUGAGUUACGUUAAUGGAGUA